UGACAGAGGAGAGAUGGCAGAAGGAGUCACGCUUCAGUGUGCGGAGGAAAUCAGGGGAGGUCAAGAGAUCACUAGAGUUAAGAUGACACCAAGUAAGAGAAGUCUAGAAGAGACUAAAGCAGAGUUGGUGUCUCUGUGUGAUCCUGGUCCACAUGCUUUAGUGCUGAGCAUUGACACAGAUCUUCACUUCACUGAGAGAAGAAGGAGGCAAUUCCAGACACAUCUGGGGCUUCUGGGGGACAGAGUUUGGGAUCACGCCAUAGUGAUGUUUGACUCCUCUGAUGACCUGUCAGUGGACAGGAACAUUGAGGAGUACAUUGAGAGUGAAGGAGAGGCCCUGCAGUGGCUGGUUGAGAAAUGUGGGAACAGGUAUGUUCACUGGACAGGUGAGGAGAGCAGGCCAGGUGUACUGAAGAAGGUUGAUAAGUUAGUGGUUCUCAAUGGAGGAAGCCAUUUCCAGUAUGAGGAAGGGAGGACAAAUGAGACCACAGCAGCAGACUGGAAGAUGGAGGUGCAGCAGUUGGUGGAACAGAUGGAAGAGAUUGAGCUGGCAAAGAGCAAGGACACUGCCCCCAAUAUGGGUGGAGAUGAGAGGUCUGAAAUAACCUCAGUAACCUCAGCCUACCACACACACAUCUCAGACACAGCAUCUGAAGCCCCCUCAGAACGAGACUCUGUGAUGUCAGCAGCUACUAGCUCUGGGAUUGGUUCACUAACGUCUGGAAGACUGGAGGGAUGGAGUGAUCAUAAGAGACCAGCGGUGAAGGAGGAAGUCAGCAGCUCAGGGGAGAGUCCAGAAGAGACCAACAUGGGAGAACUGACCUUGUAAAACGUCUUAGAGCUUAGAACAGAGAUCAGAGAGAGACCAACACGGGAGAACUGUCCCUGUAAAACAUCUUAGAGCUUAGAACAGAGAUCAGAGAGAGACCAACACAGGAGAACUGGCCCUGUAAAACAUCUUAGAGCUUAGAACAGAGAUCAGAGAGAGACCAACACGGGAGAACUGUCCCUGUAAAACAUCUUAGAGCUUAGAACAGAGAUCAGAGAGAGACCAACACAGGAGAACUGGCCCUGUAAAACAUCUUAGAGCUUAGAACAGAGAUCAGGAGGAAGUCAGCAGCUCAGAACAGGGGGAGGGGCCAGAAGAGGAAGGGAGGAGGGAACUUGAACCUCUGAAAGCUUCUGAAAAGAUCAGAUUAGCUCAUCUUUCCUUUCUCUCUCUCUCUCUGAAAUUGCAACAAUGACCAAUAUGUUCAUCAUAUAACUCUGAUAUUUUAUGAUAAAUUGCAUUUGUACCUAUACUGCAUAUUGUACAUAUAAGUAUUUUGAACAAUAUUUACGUGAAUUCUGUAAUCUAGAUCUAUAAUUUAUGGUUAUGUAUGUAAUCUAUAUCAUCUAGCUAAUGUUUUUUUUUCCUCAGUUAAAGGCUGGAUAGGUUAUUUCACAAUGUUAUGUAGAUGUUAAUUGAUGCAUUAUAAUGUAUCUUAACAAC